ACUAAUCGCUAAUCGCUAAUCGCUGCUGUCAGUAGAUCCGAGCUACUAAAAUAAGGAAUAAACAAAAGAAAUAUCGGUAACGUUUACGUUAUGUAUUAUGUUCCGAUUAAGUGAACGACGUGGGUUACUGAUUCUUCAACAGAUCGUGAGCUUUAGUGGGAUCAGAUGAAGAGGUCCAGGCCUGCUGUCUGUUUACAUGAGGCCCUCACUCUUCUCUCUUUAGCACGGAUUUUAUAGAAUAAAGGCUCGAAUCUUCCAGAUGUCUGAGGACGUCUACGAGAAGUUCCUGGCUCCAGAAGAGCCGUUCCCGCUGCUGUCUCAGAGAGGGAACUUCAGUGAAGAUGCCACGCUGGACGUCAGUGACUUCGGCUGUCAGCUGUCCUCGUGUCACCGGACAGACCCGCUUCACCGCUUCCACAGCAGCAGGUGGAACCUGACCUCGUGUGGCACCAGCGUGGCCAGCUCCGAGUGCAGUGAGGAGCUCUUCUCCUCCGUGUCUGUGGGCGAUCAGGACGACUGCUACUCGCUGCUGGAUGAGCAGGAGCUGGCCUCCUUCGACCUGUUCCCCGAGGGCAGCGUCUGCAGCGACGUGUCCUCCUCCAUCAGCACUUACUGGGACUGGUCUGACAGCGAGUUCGAGUGGCAGUUACCCGGAAGUGAUAUCGCCAGCGGCAGUGACGUUCUCUCCGACAUCAUUCCCAGCGUGCCCAGUUCACCCUGUCUCGCCACCAAAAGAAAAAACAAACCGCACCGAAACCUGGACGAGCUGCCCUGGAGCGCCAUGACAAAUGAUGAACAGGUGGAAUAUAUUGAAUAUUUAAGUCGAAAAGUAAGCACAGAGAUGGGACUUCGGGAGCAGCUUGACAUCAUAAAAAUAAUCGACCCGAGUGCACAGAUUCUGCCAACAGACAGUGAAUUCAUCAUCGAGCUCAACUGCCUCACAGACGAAAAACUCAAACAGGUGAGGAGCUACAUCCGUGAGCAUGGCCCACGGCAGCGCAGCGUGAAGAGGAGCAUGGCAAGCAGCGUCAGCGCUCAUAGCAGCAGUAACGCCAGCAUGUCGAGCAGCGCCAGCAGCAGCAGCGCCUCCACCGCAUCCAGCAUCAGCCGUGCUCACAGUGAUGGAAACCUGGCCUCUGCCGCCGAAAGGAUACGAGACUCCAAGAAACGCUCCAAGCAGAGGAAGCUGCAGCAGAAGGCCUUGCGCAAGCGUCAGCUGAAAGAGCAGAGACAGGCUCGCAAGGAGAGACUGAGCGGCCUGUUCCUGAACGAGGAGGUGCUGUCUCUCAGAGUGACUGAGGAGGAGGACCACUGCGACGACCUGGACGUGCUGAUGUGACCCCAGUGAACCCUUCAGUGUUCCUUCUACGCUAGACCCGUCAGCAUCAUCACAAACACAGCAGGGCCUGCGGAGUCUCAGAGCACUGAUCCCAUGAACCAAGUAUUAAAAUACGUGUAGACUAACGUACAUCAAAAACACUAAUAGCUGUCUGAUGCGGCUGUAGAAAGACACGGACCCCUGCCUCCACGAGGUGUUUGGACAUCAUUCACACGGGGAACCAAAUGUCAGCAACGUUUCACAAUAGCAAAAAAAAAACAAAAAACAUACAUAGCCAAAUCAAGAAUUAUCCAGACACCUUCACAAAUUCUCCCAUUGUGUCAUGGUUUAUUCACUAUAGUUAAAAAAAAUGGUAUUAAAAUAUGAGAAGAACUUUGAGUUAACCCUCUGAGGUUCUGGGGCCCUGGUUUUGACUCAUUCUGACUGGUCUUGUUUAAAAAAAAAAAAAGGAAAAUAAUGGCUAAAGUCUGAUAACCAUAUUUAGUAAAAACUGGGCUUCAAUAAUAUGAGAACACCCUGAAAGUACAUGCUUGUGUUUUUGAGAAAACAAUGUUUAUGCAUGGUUAGUUAAAAAAGUUAAUAAUGCCAUUAAAACUCACACAGAGGACUGGUUCACUAUUUGGUUAUCAGCUGUUAAAUUUGGUACACAAAUAAAUAAUACUAAUUUAGCUAAUACUAAUUAAGCAAUUCUUAAUUUUGUUCAUUCUGUGGUGGAAAAAGAUCUCAUUAGCAGUUAAAGCAAAACAAAGUGUGGACUGAUAAGUGUCCUGCACCCACUAGUAAAAAUAUAUAAAGAAUUAUGUUUGGUGUCUGAAUAAUUUUUGGUUUGACUGUUUUUUUUAUUACAAUCUUCAUUAGAAAAAAAUAAUUAAGUAUAAAA